AUGUUGACAAAAAGAAGAGUUGAAAUUGCUUUAACUUUUUUGAUUCUCUUUGUUUCUUUGUCCAUGGGAUUUUACCUAAUUUCGGAUUACUAUAUGGACGACAGUUGGGCGGCGUCAUUAGGGCAGGUGUGUGGGAAGACGGCUAAGGACGAUUCACUUUAUUUGAACUCGCAUCUGAAUCAUCUCAAGAUCGUGGACUAUUCUGACAAUAUCCAGUGCACGACACAACUGGAUGCGGGAAGACAACAUGACGCGAGGUACAAGAUUGAGAUCAAACGUUUUGACCUGGAAUACACACAUAACUGCACGGGCGACUAUCUGGAGAUCUAUAACACCAACCUUGCAAACAUCAGUUCAACGGUACCAGAUGGAAGGUUUUGUGGGGAUAAAGGACUCCUACCGAAAACGAGCUGGAUUGCGAGCAGCCAGUACGUUGUUUUCAAGUUCAGGACGGAUUACAAUGUGGGAAAGAAUGGUUUUAGGAUUCUGGCAACUAGAACAAUUCCUGCACCAUGUCCUGAGGACUACUUUCAUUGUCGAGCGGAGAAUCGAUGCAUUGACCAUCGUCUAAAUUGUGAUGGUACCCCACACUGUGAUGACGAAGAAGACGAAACGGAUUGCUCGUUUUGGGAGAAGAUCAUAGGCGCCGUUUUUGCGCUAGGCGUUUCUGGCAUAGUCGGUAUUGUUUUUAUCUGCAUUGUUGGCUGUACGGGAAUUGGCGUGGGAAUAUGUGUAUGUACAUGCUGUCGGAAACGAUGCGCGCGCAUAUGUUGCAAAACACGUGAUAACAAGGUGGGACACAACUUGAAUGGAACUGAAACUCUGACCAUUGAUGACGAAAGGGCGAGCCAAACUCCGAAUUCACCGACCCAAAAGUCCAUUAAAACGUUGGGACCUACGCCGUCCUGCAAGUCUGAAUCCUUGCCCAUGCAAGACCUUCCCCCAACAACCAACUCGGGGAAUGGACGCGCAGGUGCCAAGCAGAGUCUCGGGGGUGGGAUGGGCGGUGAAAAUGGGAGCAGGGACAGUCCGUCUAUCCCCAUGGUUGAUUAA